GAUUCAAAAGAAAUUACGUGGCCAUGUCAUACACUGGAGCAGCAAUGCAAUCGUUUAGGGACUACAGAAAUCUUGAAGCAGGUUUUACUGGAUGAACAUAAGGAUACUUUGAAAGAUGAAGAAAGUUGUGUAAAAUAUCUAAAAGAAAAGUGUAAUAAAUGGUCUAGAAGAGGCGAUGACCGUUUCUCUUUUGUAUGUGUCUUCCAAAAUGCUACGUGUGAGCUGAUGGUAAAAGACGUACAAGAUAGGUGCAAAGUAUUCAAGAAAAAUAUAGAGGUUGCAGAGAUCGUUGAGUUUCUUAAAAAUAACACGAAUAACAUAACAACAUUAGGAAAUGUUUGCCCAUUUUGGGACCCAUAUUGUGACAAAUUUUCACCUAAUUGCCAAAGUCUUAAAGGAAAUACUUGUACAAAAAUUAAAAAACAUUGUAAACCAUUUUAUGAAAGAAAGGCUUUAGAAGACGCACUUAAGGCAGAGCUUCGAGGAAAGUUGAGUGAUAAAAAGAAAUGUACUACAGCAUUGGAGGGAUAUUGUACACAAUUAGGAAAAUUAAAUAAUGAAUCUAUCAGAAGUUUAUGUAAAGAUAACACCAAGAAUAACCCUAAGAAGAAUGAUGAAGAUGUUAGGAAGGAGCUCUGUGAUAAAUUAGUAGAAGAGGUAGAACAGCAAUGUAAAGUAUUACCAAAAGAACUAGAACAACCAGAAAAAGACUUAGAAGAAGAUCAUAAGACAUAUGAAGGACUUAAGGAAAAGGCAAAGAAAGCAAUGAACAAGUCCAAUCUUGUUUUAUCAUUCGUUAAAAAAGACGGGAAUAAUACAUCGAAAAAUAAUAGCAAAAAGGAUAAGAAUGCCGUUUCAAACGGACUUCAAGAUACCACAGAACAUGUGAAAAUACUACGGAGAGGAGUUAAGGAUGUACUUGUGACAGAAUUGGAAGCCAAAGCAUUUGAUUUGGCAGCAGAAGUAUUUGGAAGAUAUGUAGAUUUGAAGGAAAGAUGUGAGAAAUUGGAAUCGGAUUGCGGGAUUAAAGACGAUUGCGAUGGUUUAAAAGAAGUGUGUGGAAAGAUUGAGAAGACAUGUCGCGAUCUGAAGCCUCUGGAGGUGAAGUCGCACGAAAUAGUCACAGAAAGCACAACGACGACCACGACGACAACAACAACCGUUACCGAUCCGAAGGCAACAGAAUGCAAAUCCUUACAGACAACAGACACAUGGGUUACACAGACAUCGACACACACAAGCACGUCUACCAUCACAUCUACGAUUACAUCAAAAAUAACACUCACAUCAACGAGGCGGUGCAAACCAACCAAGUGUACGACAGGGGAUGAUGCAGAGGACGUGAAGCCGAGUGAGGGAUUGAAGAUGAGUGGGUGGAAUGUGAUGAGGGGGGUGAUAGUAGCAAUGGUUAUUUCGUUCAUGAUUUAG